CAUGGCGGCGCCCUGUAGCAGCACACGUGUUCUAUAGAUAGCUGAUGUUAUGUUGAGCUCAGUGCACACAUGUGAAAGCUUUCUGAUCUGAUCUGAGGUGGAACAUCUCUGAACACCACUGUUCAGAGCACCGAGGCUGUGGAGGACCUUUAUAAAGCAGGAGCUGGUUUAUAUAUAAAGUUAUUUAGUUUGUUUUAGUAUCUGUGGCCACGCUGGAGUUAUGAGAGCAGGAUGAGCACUCCGGGAAAAGCAGCAAAGAAGGAGAAAAAGAAGCCCAUCCCUGUGAAAACCUCUCUAAACAACCCUUACGAUCUCAGAUGGGCUCCUCUGGAGAAGGGCCAGAAGGCAUUUAUUCUGAACUGCCUCACAGAGACGAUAGAAGCUCUGGGGCUUAAGAAGAUCCAGGUACGAGUGAAGGGGCUCCGCAGCAGCAGGAGGAGGAAAUCCAAGCAGCGGGACUCGAAGCCCCCCGAAGCCGAAAAAACUGCUCGGCAGCCAGGCUGGAGCGACGAGGCCUCCCGGAGGCAGCUGGCCAUCGGCAUCAACGAGGUGACCAAAGGCCUGGAGAAGGAUGAGCUCAGCCUGGUGCUGGUGUGCAGCUCCAUCAGGCCAGCCCACAUGAUCAGCCACCUCAUCCCCCUCAGCAGAACCAGGGCGGUGCCGGCAUGCCAGGUGCCCGGCCUCAGUGAGGGUCUGUCUGGGGCUCUGGGUCUCAGCAGCGUGCUGGCACUGGGCUUCAAACGAGGAGACACCGCCUUCUCCAACACAGUAGGGGAGAUAGCCUCCAAGGUCCCUCCCCUCUGUGUGCCCUGGGUGCCCACUGAGAAGGAGCCAGCCAGGCUGGAGGACCAGAGCCUGGGAGGAGACCCCCAUCCUGGUCCUACUGAUACUGGAGAUCUUACUGGAGAUCCUUCAGAUCCAGUUAAGACUGAAACGCAGACUGAGGAGCCCCCCUCAAAUCCACCAAGGGGUCAAAAGAGGAAGCUUGACCUUUCACAUGAGCCUGGACAAGACCCAACCCCAACACUUCAGCCUCUCAAAGUCAAGAAAACCAUCCCAAACCCAUCAAAAAUCCGGAAACCCAAGAAAAAGAAGGCAUCAGCUCAGAAGUGACAGUCUGAAAGAAACAAUUGCACAAUUGCUUUUUUUUUUAUU